AUGCAGCAGGAUCCGGAACCGACCGGAUCGCCGGGGCCCCAGCAGGACCCCGCGCUGCCCCACUCCCCCAGCAUGCCUCCCCCGGAGUCACUCUCCGAAGGCCACCAGUCCAGCCACAGCGACAGCCCCACGGAGCAAGCCACGGAGGAAGAGUUCCAGUUCUUGCGCUGCCAGGGCUGCCGGGCAGAAGCUAAGUGCCCCAAGCUCCUGCCUUGUCUGCACACGCUGUGUUCAGGAUGCCUGGAGGAGUCCGGCGUGCAGUGUCCGGUCUGCCGGGCCCCGUGGCCCUCAGGCGCCGGCACGCAAGCCCUGGACAACGUCUUCUUUGAGAGCCUGCAGCGGCGGCUGUCGGUGUACCAGCAGAUCGCACGCGAGCAGGCAUUUUGCACCCGCUGCAAAGAGCCGGCCAACUACUGGUGCUUCGAGUGCGAGCAGCUCAUCUGCCACAAGUGCUUCGAGGCUCACCAGUGGUUCCUCAAGCACGAGGCCCGGCCCCUGGCGGAGCUCCGCAGCCAGUCGAUACGGGAGUUUCUGGACGGCACCCGCAAGUCCAACAACAUCUUCUGCUCCAACCCCAAUCACCGCACUCCUAUGCUGACCAGCAUCUACUGCAGAGGCUGCUCCAAGCCCCUGUGCUGCUCGUGCGCGCUCCUGGAUAGGGACCACAGCGAGCUCAAGUGCGACAUCAGCACGGAGAUCCAGCAGCGGCAGGAUGAGCUGGACACCAUGACCCAGGACCUGCAGGAGCAGGACCGCGCCUUUGCGGCAGCGCAGGCGCAGAUGCGCUCUGCCAUCACCCAGCUGGGCCGCGUACGCGCCGACACCGAGGAGUUCAUCCGCGAGCGAGUGCGCGAGGUGGUAGCGCACGUGCUCGAGCUGGAGCGUGAGCUGCUGGAAGGCGUGGGUGCGCGGUACCAGCGCGACUACGAAGAGAUAGCGGGCCAGCUGGGCCGGCUGGACGCCGUGCUACAGCGGAUCCGUAUGGGCAGCGUGCUGGUGCAGAGGAUGAAACUGUAUGCCUCGGAUCAGGAGGUGCUGGACAUGCAUGACUUCCUGCGCAAGGCACUCCACCAGCUGCGCCAGGAGGAGCCCCAGAGCCCGCGAGCCACGGUACACACAAACAGCUUCGACAUAUUCAGGAUGCGUCUGCAGGACCUCCUCUCUUGCAUCACCCAGGGUACAGAUGCAGCUCUAUCCAGGAGAGCCAGCCCAGAAGCUGCCAGCACUCCCAGAGACACUUGUAGCACUGACCCGCCAGAGGAGGUGCAGAGGGACCAGGAGCAAGCCGUGGGAUUGGCCGUGGUACAGCCGGUGCCAGGGGCACACCCUGUGCCAGUGUACGCCUUCUCCAUCCAAGACCCCUCCCGCAGAGAAGAGGUCACCAACACGGCCACCCCGCAGAAGAGGAAGGCUUGCCAAACCGAGUGCCCCCGGAAGGUCAUCAAGAUGGAGUCUGAGGAGGGGGAAGAGUCUAGGUUGGCUCGGAGCUCCCCUGAGCAGCCCAGGCCCAGCACCUCCAGGGCAGUCUCGCCACCCCACCUGGAUGGGCCCCCCAGCCCCAAGAGCCCCAUCAUAAGAGAUGAGCUCUCGCUGCCUGACAGCAACCAUCAAACCGGCGACCCUGCAGAGACAGAGGAGCGCGUCGUGGUGAUCAGCAGCUCAGAAGACUCAGAUCCUGAAAACCCGGACUCCCGAGAGCUGGCUGACAACAGCAGCGAGUCCAGUGACCUCCAGCUGGAGGGCCCCAGCUCGCUCGGAGUCCUGGACGACAGCCUCUCCAGCUCCCUGGUGGAAGACAAGCCCCUGGUUUUCUUUGACCUCAAGAUUGACAAUGAAACCCAGAAGAUUAGCCAGCUGGCAGCCGUGAACCAGGAAAGCCACUUCCGCGCGUACAUCCAGCCCGAGGUGCUCAACGUGUGCUCCAAGGCCGUCUCCCUGGAGGUGGGACUGCAGCACUUCCUGCACUUCUUGGCGAGCAUGCGCCAGCCCAUCCUGGCCUGCCAUAAGCUGUGGGGGCCCAGUCUCCCCAACUUCUUCCAGGCUCUGGAGGAGAUGAACAUGCUGGGGGAGUUCCAGAAGGCCAUCUCGGGCUUCCUGGACACCCUGCCCCUCAUCCGGGAGUGCGUGCCUGGGGCCAGCAGCUUCAAACUCAAGAGCCUGGCCAAGACCUACCUGGCGAGAAACAUGAGUGAACGCAGCGCCCUAGCGGCCGUGCUGACCAUGCGUGACCUGUGCCGCCUCCUUGAGGUGUCCCCCGGCCCCCAGCUGGCCCCGCACAUCCACCCCUUCGGCAGCCUGCAAUGUUUCUCAUCCCUGCAGCCCCUGGUGCGGGCGGCCGUCCUGCCCUGGGCCGAGGCCCGCUUGCUGGCCCUCCACAAGGUCACCUUCAUAGAGCUGCUGACCGCACACCACCAUGACCCGCGGGGCGGCCUGAAGAAGUACAACCGCUUCCUGAGCCUCCAGACCCCCGCGUCGCCCCCUGCCCAGCCUGCGCUCGACCUGCAGUCUCUGGGCACCUACUUUGAAGGCCUGCUGGGGGCGCCGGCCUCGGCAGGGGCAGGAGACGUCGCUGCCCCUCCGGCUGGCCACAGCUUGGCAGAAAGGGCUACGCAGCAGACCUGA